CCACGGCAGGAAGGACCACCGUGUCCUUUCACUCUUCGCCGCCGCACAUGUAGCCUCUCCCCAUUCUCUGCCAGCUUGCUAUACCAGCACUGACAGCGACCAUGCGUCCCCAUACCAUUCUCUCCUCCGCCGUGGUGGCAGCCCUCACCAUAGCGGGCACCGUCGAAGGAGCUCGAAGGCCCGCCAACAGCGUCCUGCUCUCCAAUGUCCAAAUCCUCACCCUCCGACAGGGCAAAGAAACAAGCCACCGACGUGUCUCAGCUAUACCCCAGCUUGAGUGCGUCGGUGGCAAUGCGAAAGGCCUCUACGAGGUCGACGUGAUGCGCUGCAAGAACGCAGGCUCCGACUACGACGACGACAACGUUCAAUGGACCUGUACCGCGUCCCUCCCCGAAGACUUCAAGCUCGGCUCCACCGACGUCGUCUGCGAGGGCUACGAAUCCCCCGACGACCCCUACAUCCUCAAGGGCAGCUGCGGCGUCGAAUACCGCCUCAUCCUCACCGAGAAAGGCGAAGAAAAAUACGGGAAGAAGAAGCCCGGGUGGUUCAGUGAGCCUACGAAAGGCAAGCCACAGGAAGACAAUCACACCCAAGACAAUCACACCCUAGACAACGCCGGCGCCCGUUUCGUCGCCGCCCUCUUCUGGCUCAUAUUCUGCGCCGUAGUCAUCUACAUGAUCUACUCCGCCUUCUUCGCGCGCGGAGGAGGGACUCGACAACCCGAGACUCAUACGCCUAAUUACGGCGGUGGAGGAGGAGGAGGCGACGAUGAUCCACCACCGCCGUACGACUACCGCCCUUCACCAAAGCCUCAGCAUAGAACCUAUACCCGACCGAGAACAUACACUCAACCACAGCCCGCUCCGCAACCGGGAAACGCUUGGCGCCCUGGUUUCUGGACGGGCACUGGCACAGGAGCUGCAGCAGGAGCGGCGGCAGGGUAUGCGGCGGGCAGGGCGACGAGGACGGAGCCAGCUCCACCGACGAGGAGCGCCCCGAGCCCGCCGGCGCCGCGGGGUGGUGGUGGCGGUGGCGGAUGGUUCGGUGGUGGGGAGAGCAGCUCCACUAGGAGCAGCUCGGCCAGGUCUGGCUCAUCAGGCUCGUCGGGUCCUGCUCCUUCGACGACGAGACAUGAGAGCACUGGCUUUGGCUCUAGCAGACGGAGAUAGGUUACAUUAACAUGAACUGAAUGAAUCGG